AUGGAAACUUGGUUCAUCUUUAUUAUGCUCUUUCUUGGUGUCUCAAUAAUCAUCAAACGCAUACUUUACCUUGUGUUUCCACGGUAUCCCCUCCCUCCGGGGCCUCCAAAAGUGCCUAUCAUAGGUAACUUCAAAUUACUCCAACGAUUCAAUAAAGAUCCUAAGACUGUUCUUGAAAAACUUCAUGCCAAAUAUGGUCCAAUCUUUUCUUUUCAAAUGGGCUCUCAUACUGACAUUUUCAUUGCCAAUCGAUUCCUUGCGCACCAAGCAUUGAUCCAAAAUGGCAGUACCUUUGCGGACCGCCCUGUUGCUGUUCCUACCAAGAAAAUCAUUAGCAGCAAUCAAAAUGACAUCCUUUUUAGCUUCUAUGGUCCUGUAUGGCGCGCUCUCCGGCGAAACCUCACUUCAAAUAUCCUCCACCCUUCACAGGUCAAGUCAUAUGCAAAUGCACGCAAAUGGGUUUUAGAUAUGCUUCUUGAUCGAUUAAAAUCUGAGUUGGGGGCUAGCAACCCCAUAAGGGUCAUUGAUCAUUUUCAAUAUAGCGUGUUUUGCUUGCUCAGUUUUAUGUGUUUUGGUGACAAGCUUGAUGAGAAGCAAAUUAGGGAAAUCGAGGAUAGUCUACGCAGCAUGCUCUUGAGCUUUACUAAGUACAAUGUCUUGAAUUUUUGGCCAACAAUCACAAGGAUAUUGUUUUGGAAGAGAUGGAAGGAAUUCUUGCAGCUAAGAAGAGAUCUAGAAGCCUUGUUGAUUCCUUAUAUCGACGCUCGAAAGAAAGCCAAGCAAGAGAGACUUAGCAAGGAUGGCAAAGAGGACAACAUAAAUGAGUUUGUUUUGUGCUAUGUGGAUACUUUGUUGGAUUUGCGACUCGUGGAGGAAGAUGAAGGGAGCAAGCUUGAUUAUGGGAAUAUUUGCACCUUAUGCUCGGAGUUUCUAAACGCCGGAACAGAUACUACUUCGACAGCAUUGGAAUGGAUCAUGGCAAAUUUGGUGAAGUACCCUCAAAUCCAAGAAAGACUUGUGGAGGAAAUUAGAGAGGUCAUGGUUGAAGGAGAGAAUGAGGUGAAGGAGGAACAUUUGCCAAAAUUGCCAUAUCUAAAGUCUCUGAUUUUGGAGGGUCUACGACGCCAUCCACCGCUACACUAUGUGGCUCCUCAUAGAGUAACCAAGGAUGUGGUUCUGGAUGGUUAUUUGGUUCCUACCACUGCCUCUGUAAAUUUCUUUGUGGCUGAGAUAGGUAGGGACCCUACAGCUUGGGAUGACCCUAUGGCCUUUAAGCCAGAGAGGUUCAUGGACAAUGGAGGAACAACUUUUGAUAUAAUGGGAAGUAAAGAGAUAAAGAUGAUGCCAUUUGGGGCUGGGAGGAGAAUGUGCCCUGGAUAUGGUUUAGCAAUUCUCCACUUGGAAUAUUUUGUGGCCAAUUUAGUUUGGAAUUUUGAGUGGAAGGCUAUGAGUGGAGAUGACAUUGAUAUGUCAGAGAAGCUGUUAUUCACAACUGUGAUGAAGAAUCCCUUAAAGGUUCAUAUAUUGCCUAGGAAAUAA